AUGGGGAUUUGGAGAGGAUCACUGUAUAGGCGCAUCUCAGCACUGCUCCUCCAGCUGUCUCGCUCCCCCUGCCUGCGCUCCGUACAGCUCUCGCUCAAGUCCACUAAGGCGCUUCUCCUGUUGUCCACCAUGUCCACCAUGAGUUACUACAUGGAUCCAGUUUCUUCCUACUCGCCCCUUCACCCCUGCGACCGUCUGGGUGCACUGCGGCAGAGCGGAGGAGUGGCAGGACCGCACGCCCAGAUGCCAGCAGUGGUGCACCCCCAACAGUGCUACCCCUCACAGCCCAUGUGCCUCCUGGACGUCCCAUCACAGGAGGUGCCAAAUGGACAUGACUUGUGCACUACAGGAUGGAUAAGAAACAUUUCGGGACCAGGACAGGCGGAGGAGGAUCCCAAGCCUCGCAGCCUGGAAAGGGGGACACAGGCCGGGGUUGUGGGCUCUGAUGAGGGGCACAAUAAAACGGGAACGCGGCAGCGGGCGGUCAAUCACGUUGCUCUGAUGAUCAUGACGGCAGCUGUCGAUAUGAAACCCACGUUAACCAUUAUAAAGACCGAAAAGAUGGAUGACCCUGAGUGUGGGGAUGUGCCACUUCUAACGCCUGGUAGUAAAGAGAUGAUGUCCCAAGCCUUGAAAGCAACUUUUAGUGGUUUCACCAAGGAACAGCAACGACUUGGUAUUCCCAAAGACCCUCGACAGUGGACGGACAACCAUGUAGCAGAGUGGCUGACGUGGACAGUUAAUGAAUUCAGCCUUAAAAAUGUGGACUUUGACAAAUUCUGCAUGAAUGGAGCCAGCCUGUGUGCCAUGGGAAAAGACCGCUUUCUCGACUUAGCCCCUGACUUUGUGGGCGACAUCCUUUGGGAACAUUUGGAGAUGCUUCAGAAAGAGGAUACGAAGCAUUACCCCAUCAAUGGGCUGACCUCCAGCUUCCAGGAAUCUCGUUAUACCUCAGACUACUUUGUCAGCUAUGGUGUUGAGCAUGCUCAGUGUGUCCCUCCUUCUGAAUGCUCAGAGCCUGGCUUCAUCACAGAGUCGUACCAGACGCUUCAUCCCAUCAGCUCAGAGGAACUUCUUACACUCAAGUACGAAAGUGAAUACCCCACCAUCCUGCGGGAAAUGCCCCUCAACCCACUGCAGGGGGACUACUUCUCCAUCAAGCAGGAGGUGGUGUCGCCCGACAACAUGUGCGUGGGCCGCCUCAGCAGAGGUAAACUCGGAGGCCAGGACUCGUUUGAAAGCAUCGACAGCUUCGAGAGCUGCGAUCGAUUGACGCAGUCCUGGAGCAGCCAGUCCUCCUUCAGCAGUCUCCAGCGGGUGCCUUCUUACGACAGCUUCGACUCAGAGGACUACCCCACGGCUUUGCACGGACACAAACCAAAAGGGACCUUCAAGGACUAUGUGAGGGAGCGCUCAGACCUCAGCAAAGACAAACCGGUCAUCCCCGCCGCUGCCCUGGCCGGAUACACAGGCAGUGGUCCCAUCCAGCUGUGGCAGUUUCUCCUAGAGCUGCUGACCGACAAGUCGUGCCAGUCCUUCAUCAGCUGGACAGGAGACGGCUGGGAAUUCAAGCUCUCUGACCCCGAUGAGGUUGCUCGGAGGUGGGGCAAGAGAAAAAACAAGCCCAAGAUGAACUACGAGAAGCUCAGCCGUGGUUUGCGCUACUACUAUGACAAGAACAUCAUCCACAAGACGUCUGGGAAACGCUACGUCUACCGCUUUGUGUGUGACUUGAAAAGCCUGCUGGGAUACACGCCCGAGGAGCUGCAUGCAAUGUUGGACGUUAAGCCCGAUGCAGAUGAGUGA